AUGCUAAGGUAUGUCAAAGAUACCAUUAACUACGGCCUCUUAUAUAAGAAAGGUGACGAGAUUAAGAUAGUUGGAUAUUGCAAUGCUGAUUAUGCUGGAGAUCAUGAUACUCGUCGCUCAACAACUGGAUAUGUAUUCAUGCUUGGAUCUGGAGUCAUAUCUUGGUGUAGCAAAAGGCAACCAACGGUGUCCUUGUCAACCACUGAAGCAGAAUAUAGAGCAGCAGCAAUGGCAGCUCAGGAAAGUACAUGGUUGAUGCAACUAAUGAAGGAUCUACAUCAAUUUACAGACUAUGCAGUGCCACUUCAUUGUGAUAAUCAGUCUGCUAUUCGUCUAGCAGAAAAUCCUGUGUUUCAUGCUCGAACAAAACAUGUGGAGGUGCAUUACCAUUUUCUCAGAGAGAAAGUUCUACGAGAAGAGUUAGAGAUGCACCAAAUAAAGAGUGAAGACUAG